UGGAACAAGUUGAGGUCAGGAAAAACACACAAGGUGUUGCAGAUCAGGAACAGACUUAAAGAAAUAUGUAACUAUAUGACAAUAUAUUUGGAUCUUUUGGAAUUGGCCACGUUGUGUAUUCUCAAGUCAGGACAUACACAGUAGAGAAGCGGCAUGUUUACCUUUGUGAUUGGAGCUUCCUUCAUAUUGAUGGUGCAAUCUGAGCCCAGAUGUGAUCAGACAGAGUUCUUACAUCAUAAUGGCACCUGUGUUGCAUGCCCUGUUUGUACGCCCGGAGAACAGUUAUCAGAGGAUUGUGGCUUUGAUUAUGGCGGAGAUGGGGUGUGUAUUCUCUGUGAAAAGGGGACCUUUAGCACAGAUACAGGUGUGGAUCCCUGCAGGAGAUGCACCCAGUGCAACUUGCUGAACCGCCUGGUGUUGACUGCCUGUUCACCCACCAGUGACACUGUGUGUGGGCAGUGUCUCCCAGGAUAUUAUGAACUGAGAAGCAUGACAGGGGAGGUGGAACUGCUGUGUAUUCCUUGUGACAGCCAUGAUGCAGUCCAUGAAGAAUGUUUGCAAUUUACAUCUCGAGGCUCCAAAACACAGAGUGCCAUAAAGUUGCCUGCAGGAAAGUCAAAAGAACCCGAAGAUAAAGGAAUGAAAGGGGAAAAUCUUUCUGUGAUCCUUGUUGGUGCUGCAAUAGCGUUCUUGUUUUUUCUUAUUUCCCUCUUGCUUUGGGUUGUCUUCCUGACUGCAAAAAGAUUCAGGCAGAUUCCUGAGCACUGUAUAAAGCCUGAGAGGUUACUGUCUGCAGCAAACCUUCAGUACAAAUGUCCCUCUGGUCAUAUGGAAAGAACAACAACACAACAACACAGUCCUUCAGAGACAAGUUCACCUGAAGACACAACAAGAGGGCAGAACUCAUCCAACCAUGAGAGUGAGCUGCAUCCCACUUCUAUCGUGAUUAAUGUCACCACCAACAUCAAGCCCUGCAGUCAGAAACAAGAUAACAUCAUGCAGGAAGGACAAAAAGACUUCACCACAGAGGAGAUGGAGCAAAAACUGCAGACAAUAUGGGAGAUUGCUCAAGGUCAGAGUAUCGAGAUACUGAACUACGAUACCAUCCAGGAUUUGUCACUACUCUUCGACUCUCCCCAACAGAUUUGCGUUUUAAGGAAGCUGGGGCUGUCUUUGGGUGUGCCCCCCCAGCUCACUGGUCAUUUCCACAGUUUCCAGGACCUUUUUCAGUAUCUCCGCACCUCCACCUACACUCAACUUCCCCAGCUGGCCCAGGCCGCAGCGCUCCUGCCUAAUUUUGAAGUUGUUUCGAGAAUACACAAUGCUCUGGUGAACAAGUGAUUACUUAUGCCCUGAGAAUGUGUUCCCAUGACUUGAACUGUUGUGUGUUACUCAUAACCUGCUUUGCAUGAUGACAAAGUCACGAAAUCACAUUGUAUACCUGCACUUACCCAUAGAGCAAAAAUGUAUUGUUUCUCCUGAGCAAAAUAGAAUUCCAGUGAAAUGUUAAAUCAUUGUAAGCUGAUAAUUUAUAAGAGAACUGACUACACUAACUCGUUUUUUGCAUUUCAUGCUACAGAGAAAGAAAUGCCAAUGUUAUGACAAUAGACAAAAAAUUACAGACUAAUCAUAUCACGCAGCAGCAAAAUAAAAAACAGAUUUUA